GACGACAGUAUUGGGCACGACAGAGUGGGAGAUGAUAUGAACAGGCUGAUCCGCUCCGUCAUGGCCCUGGGAACGAAUUCGGUCACGUCACAGGCUAGAGUGCCCAUCCCUCAACAUGGAGUCGACUACCGUGGAAAAAUCGUGCUUGCGCCCAUGGUGCGCUCCGGCGAGCUGCCCUCCCGCCUCGUCUCGCUGAGGUACGGUGCAGACCUCGUCUGGGGCCCAGAGACCAUCGACCGCUCUCUUAUUGGCGCCGUCAGGCGUGUCAACCCUCGAAACCAGACCGUCGAGUUCACCCGGAUCCCCUCGCACCCAGGCCCGGCUUCUGACAAGGUAUCAGUCAUCUAUCGCAUCGACCCGGCCAGGGAGAAGGGCAGGCUCGUCUUCCAGCUGGGCACCGCCUCGCCGGAACUCGCCGUCCAGGCUGCCAGAGUCGUUGCGGACGACGUCUCCGGCAUUGACGUGAACGCCGGGUGUCCAAAGCCCUUCAGCACCCUUGGCGGCAUGGGUGCCGCCCUCCUGCAGACCCCGGACCGGCUCGUCUCGAUCCUCGAGGCGCUCGUGCGCGAGGUCGGCCAGCCCUGGCAGAUCGGUAUCUCCGUCAAGAUACGCAUCCUCAAAGACCCUGAACAGACCGAAAGGCUGGUCACCGCCCUCUGUGCCACCGGCAUCACAGGGCUGACCGUUCACUGUCGCACAACGCCCAUGCGCCCCCGCGAGGCUGCCAUACGCGACCAGCUGCCCAUGAUAGCCUCCAUCUGUCGCUCCGCGGGCGUGGCAUGCCUCAUGAACGGAGACGUCAAGUCCAGAGACCACGCCCUCGCGCUCAUGAGCCAGUACGACGUCGAUGGCGCCAUGAUAGCCACAUCGGCAGAGUCGAACUUCUCCUGCUUCCGUAGCGCUGCAGACGGCGGGCUGGCGUCGUGGCGUGACCUCGCUCACGAAUACAUCAGCACCGCCAUGGAAUGCGAGAACAAAUGGGGCAACACAAAGUACCUUCUCAACAUCUUCUUGCCCGGCAAGGACAAGACCGCUCAGGUCGCCAAGGCCGCCAGAACAUACACCCACUGCUGCACCGUCCUGGGCUUUGACGACCUACUCCCUGCCGCUAACAAGGUCGACAGCAUCCUAGGCAUUUCCGACAGGACAGAGGCGGGCAUCAAGCGGAGCGCAGAACUCCUGGCGCCGCCCAUCCAUGAGAAAGUAGCAAAGACCGAUCUUACGACUACGCCUCCUGCCGCCAGGGACAUCGACAUGUCAAUCAACUCUAGUGCCAUGACAGGUGAUACGCUCGCCAGCCAAAUCACCGCAUAA